UUUAAAUCUCAUUAGUUGCGGAAACCUCCACCCUAAUAUAAAAUGCCUAAAGCAGUGAAAACGAAGGUCACAUAAAGACCAUAAUUUCCACCGUCGGUAGUGGUCGAGAUCUGGUGAGAAAACCUCAUCGGAUCUCGCCCGUCAAAAGCUUAAAAAUCUCUUCUUAAAUCAAAUCCCGUAGAUUAAUAUAAAAACCCAUAAAGAAAACAUGAAGGGUUCGCGCGCUCUCGUUGCCCCUGUUCUUACUGCCUCCACUGUAGCUUUAUCAUCAUCAUCAACAUCAGCCUCGUCCUCAUCUUCUUCCCCUAUGGUUUCUGAGGGUUCAUCAAGAUCGUUAUCAAUGGAGAAAAAUGGUGGGUUUAAGAAGGAGGAAUUUGAGAAAAGAUUUGACGGGUUAAGGUUUAUUGAGACCCUUGUCACGGCUCACAGAUGAUUAUGGAGUUAAUCAUUGAUUAUCGUG